AUGAUUCAGCCAGUUGCAGACAGAUCGGCUGACAUCUACUGGGGUCUCCUACGCAGUGAAACUAGUGAUAAAGGUGGAAUCCUGUCGGCUUACCUUACUUGGAAACCCUGGAUCUCCCAAAUACACCCCUAUGUGGCCCCUCCUGACCUUCCUCAUAUGACAUUGUUUUAUGAUAGAGAGGAUACACAGUGGUAUGAGGAACAGUUUAGCAGGGACAUAGAGGGAACUAAUUGGGCUCUUUCCACUAAUAACAUUUAUGUGGCUCCCAUAGGUGUAGCGGCAGAAGUUUCUCUCACCCCAGAGCAACUACAGUGGUACAUGAUGAGUGACGAGGCUUCCCCCCAUGUGUCUUUAGCCUUACAUCCAGAGCACCAAGCCAAAGAGCUGGGUUCUAUAGUUAAAACAGCACAACUGCAAACUGAUUGGCAGAGGGUUGGCUCUUCGUUGUGGUAUUCACCCGCAACUCAAAUCUACAAAAUACAGGUUUCUUGCACUGACCACGCUCUCCUUGAACACGGUCAAAUCUCCUGCCACCAUGGCCGAGAGAAAACAGAUCACCCCGGAGCAGCAUUGUUGUUAGAUUCACUGCCUGACUCACUAUGGUCCACUGGGCCCACGGAUGUUGGCCUAGUCGACUGCCCCCCAGUUACUUUCAAGCUGAAAAAUAACAACCCAGUAUGGGUUCCCCAAUACCCAAGUAAAAAAGACGCCGAAAUCGGCAUUGCAGAUACCAUUGAAGGUCUAUUUGAAAAGGGGGUGUUGGUAGAAACAUCCUCGGAAUGGAACACUCCCAUAUGGCCCAUUGAAAAGAAGGGCACUGGUAAAUAUCGCAUGGUUCAUGAUCUUAGGGCCAUUAACUCUGCGUUAUGCACGCAAACCAUCCCAGUUCCCAACCCUUACGUUGCGUUGACUAAUCUUGAUCCUAGCCACCAAUGGUUCACCUGUAUCGACCUCGCUAAUGCAUUUUUCUGCCUACCACUAGCCGAAGAAUGUAGAAACAUUUUUGCCUUCACCUACCGAGGGGUCCAACUGACCUAUUCUCGUCUUCCUCAGGGAUUUGCUCUAUCCCCUGGCCUAUUUAAUCAGGUAUUAAAGGAUGUUUUGACGGAUUGUGCUACCACCUGGAAUAAAAAACAUAGCACUAACUGA